AUUGCAAUACAAAAUUUGUGAAUUUGUCAUCCACUGCAAAAAAUGAUGUAGCCAAAAUUCGUGUGUUUUUAUUUUUCCUCACGAUAAAUAACUUCUAUUUCCCAUUUAACCAAACUAAAACAAUUCAAAAUGUUUAGGAGAGUGCGUUAUUUGGUACCUGUGAAAGGUAUCUUCAAAAUUAAUUGUGAAUUUUCGACUUCACAUGGGAAAUUGGAGAGAUCCUUCUUUUCGAUCAGUGACUUAACAAACAGGAACAAGGCAUAUGUUAAAAAAGAACUCCUAGGAUACUCAAUGUCCGAGAUGUAUGAAGUUGUUGCUGAUGUAAGAAACUACUAUCAAUUUGUGCCAUAUGUAAAAAAGUCACACGUACACAGUCAGAGGGGCCAAAACUUCCGAGCCGACUUAAUUGUCGGUUUCCCCCCUUUAAAUGAAAAAUACACAUCAAAUGUUACCCUGGAGGCACCAAAGCUAGUGCAAUCAGUUUGCAACGAUGGGCGAUUAUUCAACUAUUUAUUGAAUGAAUGGCGCUUCAGUCCCGGCCUCAAGGAUAUUCCACAAUCGUGUGUGUUGGAUUUUAAAGUAUCAUUUGAGUUUAAGUCCUUGAUUCAUAGUAAUAUUGCCAAUUUAUUUUUCGACUUGAUUUGCGAUCAAAUGGAAAGUGCUUUCCAAACCGAAGCUCAACGACGAUUUGGUCCACCAUCAAUAAAAAGCCAUGUUCUCUCUUCGAAGCGAUCGUGACGAAUUAUAAAACAGUGAUCAAUUUUCCCAACCUAAUUCUACACUUUUUAUUUUUGUACCUAUGCUUUACUGUAUUAACUGAAAUUGACAUCAAAUGCUCGGUUUAUCGAACCAUUCCAUUAUGGUUUGAGUUAUACUCUAAAUGAUAUUUAUUUUAUGUUAGUAUUUUUUCUUUUUAAUGAAAACCAAAUAUUGUUGUAGUAUUUUAUUAUUUUAUUUUUUGUAAAUAAAUAUUUAUGAUCGUGGAUGUAAAUAAAGUAAUUAAAUUUAAAUCGAUAA